UCGACCAAAGAAGCACACGCGUUCCGGUCGCUCCAGUAGCAUACCUACACCUGAGGCAGAAGCAGAAAUUCCUCCAGCAGCUUUAGGCAAUCUGAGUGGUAGCCGCAACGAAAUCGACCGCCAAGUCAGGAUCGCCGUGUGGAAUUUCAUUUCCUGCCCGCCCUGGUGGCGGCCUACCGCAAGCCGCUGUUACGCGAAGUUACGUGGAGAGAGUGUGUGUGUGUGUGCAUCGACUUUCCGUGCGUGAUUGAGGCUUCCAGUAAAAGUUUGGAUAUUUCCUGUCAAAACUGUGAAUUCGCGUGUGCUGGAUUGGCCUGGACGGAAAUUGAAUUACUGUUGGUGCCUUGCAGGGUCCUCUGCAUUACACGGGAAAUUUUGGAAACCGAUGCAACGACUAAAUCCAAAACUCUGUCUGAUGUUUUUGGACGGACGGCGGCUCAGGUGAGCGUCGCGACGUCGUGGUUCUUCGGAACAUUCUUCGUCGGUUCUUUUGUGAAGAAACAAAAAAAAGAGUGGAAAAGAAAAGGAAACGCGCCGGCAUCUCUUUCGAGUGGUGCGGUGCGGUGCGGACACUGGCACUGCAGUAGUGGAAAGCAGUGAAUCAUAUGGUUUCUUCAGCGGUUGUCAAACUGACAGUGGUCGUGAGGGUGGUGGUGGUGAUAACGAUGAUGCCGACGACGACGACGAUGAUGAUGAUGAGAUGUGACUAGGUGUGAUUAUGUAAAAAAAGUGAGAAAGAGAGAGAGGAAAAAAAUUGCACAUGUUGCAAUGCACGAAAAAGCGAACCACGAGAAUCGCACCCGGGCAGACUGAAUCAGCGAAAAAAAACCCAAGCUGCACAAUAGUGAAAUAGUAGUGCUUCGCUAAUUGGAAAAAUAAUAAUCAGUGAACCGAAAGGCCAGGCACGAUGCCAAGUGCGACCGUCAGCGUGAAAGCAGUCAAGUGAAUGUUGAAUUGCGACAAUCCUCGCGUGCUCAAUAUUGACGACGACAGCGACAGCGACGACGACGGCAUCCAUCGGGAAUGGAUGAAGAAUCAAAGGAUUUAGCGCCGCGUCCCCGUCUGUCCUGAUAGAGGGAAGAAGGGGGGAUUCGUUUCUGACCGACGAAGACAGAAACGACGUCGUCCAAGUAAUAGCAAAUAAUCGGAUGAAACCUGAAGUGCUGUAGUUAAAGUGUUACUACUCGAGGCAGUAAAGUAAAUACGAUUUUGGUGUGCCGGUGUGUGUGUGCGCGGAAAGCGGGUGUAAAAUUAGAAAAAAUUAGAAAAAAAAUAUAUUAAAGAAGGUGGGCACGUUGAAUGCAAUCAUUUCGCUACUCCAAAUUGAUAUCAUACUAGGAAUACCUAAACAGGCAAAUUUCGAAUAUAUUAGUGCUCUUUUAGUGGUUUCCAGCUUUUACCCUCCUUAGCUCCUAGCGUUACUAGCGAAAAAAAUACCACACCGUAGUGAACCGUAAAUAGUGUAAUACCAAAUAGUGUAAAAAUGCCUGUCAGACGAGGACACGUCGCUCCCAAGACGACCCUUAUUGAAACGAUAAUCAGGAAAUUUGAUACGCAUAACCGUAGCUUUCUAGUGGCCAAUGCACAGCCGGAAUCGUGCCACAUCAUCUUCUGCUCGGAUGGCUUCUGCAAGAUGACCGGUUUCACGCGGGCAGAGGUGAUGCAACGGUCCGCCUGCACCGAGUUCCUGCAGGGCCAGAUGACCUCCCAGGCCGUCGUGCAGUCGAUCAAGGAGGCACUGAGGAAGGGCGAAGAGAAGCACUUCGAGAUCCUGUACUACCGGAAGAAUGGCAUCAAAUUCCUGUGCUCCGAGGUGAUAGCCCCCAUCCGCUCCGAGGUGGACGACAUCUCACUGUUCAUCAUCAACUUCGAGGACCUGUCCAAUCCGACCACCCCGGAGCUGCUCGAACCGGUCAAGCUGAGCAAAUGCUCAGUUCCGUUUCUUUCAGUUGACCGAGCGCGAGCUAGCUUUCGACAAUCGUUCCGAAUCGGACACAUCGCCCUGCGCGAUCGAGGUCUCCGGCUGGCCGGCUACCUGACACCACCGUCCGAUGCCACCCAGGAGGAGGAGGAAGUGGGGAACAACAAAAGUGCCAUCGAAAGGGGGUUUUGUAGUGACAGGGUUAGCCAGACGACGGUACUCAAGGUGGAAACGAACAUAUGGACGCCGAUGUCGACACCGGCGCUGACGAGGACGAAAGAGUUGGAUGCAAUGCAACCCGAUAUCGAUACGCUCAGUGGACCAGGAGAAAUUGUGAUAACCUCGCCGAUGACGGUCAAACCGGAAGUGACACCCAGCGAGCUUCCAGCGUCCAUCACCGACGUCAAACCAGAGUUUCAGCAAACCAAAAGUUUAGAUUUUGAUAUGCAAUCAAAACAUUCCGAACACACUAAACUAUUCCAGUCUUAUGAAAGCACGCACGCGAAAAAUUGUGGAGGGUUAAUAGAAAAGCGUGCUCAUACGAUAGACGAUUUCAUGCGAGGACCCAAAAGCCACCACGUGCGACAAUACUUCCCGUACGUGUCGUCUGAGAGCGAUCUACAACGCUACAAAGCAGUGCCAUUAAAGCAGAACUCGACCCGCGAACCUCGGACCAGUUCAUCACUUUCGAAUGUGCCUUCAGAUUCUACUAAAACUAAGGAUAAUGGAUCCGCGAAAUAUUUUCAGGGAACAAGACAAACAAUAAAUAUGGGUGAAAAAGUAGCACAGGUCCUAUCGCUCGGCGCCGAUGUACUACCGGAAUACAAACUACAGAGUCCACGUGUUCACAAAUGGACAAUACUGCACUACUCUCCGUUCAAGGCGGUGUGGGACUGGAUAAUAUUAAUAUUAGUUAUGUAUACAGCAAUAUUUACCCCGUACGUAGCAGCAUUUUUGCUGAACGAACCUGACUUUAAUCAAAGAAAGAACCGCAAGUACGCGGAUGACCCAAUUGUGAUAAUUGAUUUAAUAGUUGAUGUAACAUUCGUCAUAGAUAUAUUAAUUAAUUUUCGAACCACAUUCGUCAACGGCCAGGAUGAGGUGGUAUCGCAUCCGGGCCGCAUCGCGGUGCAUUACCUGAGCGGUUGGUUUCUGAUCGAUCUGGUAGCGGCCAUCCCGUUCGAUCUGCUGCUGGUCGGAAGUGACACGGACGAGCUUGGCUUGGACAAAGAUGAGACAACGACUCUAAUUGGUUUAUUGAAAACGGCACGUCUAUUGCGUCUAGUGCGAGUGGCAAGAAAGAUCGAUCGCUAUUCGGAAUAUGGCGCUGCUGUUUUAGUAUUACUGAUGGCUACCUUUGCACUAAUCGCUCACUGGCUGGCUUGUAUUUGGUACGCGAUAGGAAACGCCGAACGUCCGGCAAUGAAGAAUAAAAUCGGUUGGCUGGAUGCGCUAGCCGAGGCCACCCAGGAGUACUACUAUGCCAACAACACCGGUGGAGGUCCGUCGAUAAAGUCGCGCUACGUCACGGCACUGUACUUCACCUUUACCUCGCUGACGUCGGUGGGCUUCGGAAAUGUUGCGCCGAACACGGACGCCGAGAAAAUUUUUACGAUAUGCGUGAUGCUGGUUGGCUCCCUCAUGUAUGCCAGUAUCUUCGGAAACGUUUCGGCCAUCAUUCAGCGGCUGUACUCCGGCACGGCACGAUAUCACACGCAAAUGUUGCGUGUUCGCGAGUUCAUUCGAUUUCAUCAGAUACCGAACCCUCUGCGGCAACGAUUGGAGGAGUACUUUCAGCACGCCUGGACCUACACGAACGGUAUCGAUAUGAACUCGGUACUGAAGGGGUUCCCCGAGUGUCUACAGGCCGACAUCUGUUUGCACUUGAAUCGGAACCUGCUCAACAACUGCUCCGCCUUCGAGGCCGCCAGUCCUGGCUGUCUGAGAGCACUUUCGUUAAAGUUUAAAACAACCCACGCUCCGCCCGGUGACACUUUGGUGCACAAAGGAGAUGUCCUCACGUACCUAUACUUUAUAGCGCGAGGCUCUAUAGAGAUUUUGAAGGACGACGUAGUCAUGGCGAUAUUAGGGAAAGAUGAUAUAUUCGGCGAAAAUCCCUGCACGCAUGCGACGCUGGGAAAAUCGAAUAGUAAUGUUAAAGCAUUAACUUAUUGUGAUCUACAUAAGAUUCAUAGAGAUGACUUAUUAGACGUGUUAGAUUUAUUUCCGGAGUUUUAUGAUAGUUUUGUAAAUAGUUUGGAAAUUACGUAUAAUAUGAGAGAUGAGGAGCAAGCGGGAAUAGAGUUAAGGCAUCGACAUAUGCGAAUCGGGUCACAGGAUAGGGACAGCGACUCGCGGUCCUACGUUAGAAGGAUAAGCACGGUGCAUCAUCAGAGACAGAGUCAGACGAAAUGUGAUAUUCCAAAUGAUAGAAGUUCGGGACAAUUGAGCACUAACUUCGAUGACGAUCGAAAGUUUUCUAUAUCAGGAAUGAUGUCUCAUAUAAAGCGAAGCAUACCCGAUCUUAGAUCGAACAAACAUCAACCACUAACCAGUACUUGUGCAUCUCCUAACGAAAGCCCCAAAAGCUCGCACAAGCACAGUCCGCCCAGUGAUCACCUGUCGCCGAAGGGAGCACUGGAUACCGUCACUCUAAGUGCCAUCAGCAAUCGGGCCUGCAUGUGCAGUUCCAAGGAACCGCCCGUGGGCCGUCCCGACACUCUCUGCACAACGUGUACAGUAGAUCUGAACAUCAAGUACAGCCAGGAGAAGGACCCGUAUCAUCCGCCGUCGGGUGGCAGUUACCAACAUCAGAGGCUUGUCGGUGAUCCCCUGCGCCAUCAGGAUAAUGUAGGAUCAGUAACAAAUCAAUUAUCUGAUUUAACGAUAAGAUUAGACAACUUAGAAGGUAGCUUAAAGAAAGAUAUCAGAACAAUCCUGGACAUUCUGCACCAGCAACAGCAGAUGCAGUUCCAGUUCCACCAGCAGCAACUGCAGAACCAACAGCAGCAACUGCAGCAGUCCGGCAAGACCGGUAUGUCAUCGUAUCAACCGUCCGAGAGUGACUUCUCCUUCGACAUGUGCGUCGGUGUCGGUGUCAGUGGAACCGGUGAUCCGGUCGGCAGCAUGGCCAAGCACCAGCAAGCGCAACAACGAACCAACGUGCAGCGGUCCGUCUCACAGCCCGAAUGCGCCAACGAGAAAAGCCUUUUCAAGUGCUCAAAAUUUUCCUCAUUUAAUCAACCAAUGGACGAUGCCCCGGAGGGUCACAAUUGGAAUAUUUUCGCACCAAUCGCCAAGCUCGAAUCGCUGGACGAAAUUGAUCAGGCAGACAGUAAACACUCUCUCACCCAAGAGAAGCCACAAUAGCAGACGGAUAGCAAACAUUUCACCAGUCAGUAGGAAAAGGGGUAGCAUCUGUCUCAUUCUAGCAUAAAAUAGAAAAAAAAACUACUUUAGCUCGUUUAGCCGUGUAAUGUUAUGUAAAUACUGCUUGGUAAUCAUUUCGGAACUUCAUCCUUUAUCGAUCGAUUCUAAAAGUUAGAGGAAGCUACGAAUCAGCAAGCAAUUGUACAUUUUUUUCAUAUAAAUACUGAACAUACUUUAUACGAAAUAUCAGUAAAUUUUUACGAAGAGCAAAUAUAAACUAAUAAAACAAAAGACAAAAAUUAGCCGACAAAACAAAACACGCAUAGUUGAGGAGCAGUGAUUGUAGCGGAAAAUGGAAAAUGAGACGACACCAGCUACAUUUUCAUUCCAACCAUGACCGUUUAUUAUUAUUGAUUGGUUAUGCUUCGAGCCGAGAACCGAAAGUUCAUCGUUAAUAGAGACUUGUUAUCGUAAAUGAAUAAUACUUUUCCCGAAAAUGAGUUCGUCAUUUUCUUAGACACAAUUUUUCACUUUUCCUCUAGGGUGCAUUCGAUUUAGUCAUUUCUGCUUGAUGUAACAACAGAAAGUAUGCAAAACCGGUAAUGCUAUUCGGUUUUGAGCCGUUGGACAAUGUUUUCCCAUUGUUCAAGUUUGAUUUAAUCAACAAAACUCUAGUGCGGCAGCUAGCGACUGCAUCAGUAAAAUAUAUUUUCUCUUUUCAAAACCAACACAACAGAGACCCACACACACGCUCACACACUUACACCGAACUCCGAAAACUGCGAAAACAAAACAGCAAAACAGUGAACAUUUACAAUACAGACAAAGAUAUUGAAAUAAAGUUCUAACGAAAUCACAAACACACAUAAACACGUUCCCCCUUAACUUACUCACACUCACCUCGUUGAAAAAGAAAACACAUUCAACACUCAUAUUUACAGUAACGCAUUUACUAACACUAACAAAAUAGUCGCGAUCGAGAUCGCUUCCCCGGAAGGUGUUGUUUGGCCUUCAAUUGAUUUUUUUUCAUUCGUCCUUUUUCGAAAGAUAACUGCAUUAUUACGUUUCACCAUUCCAAGCAGAGUAAACAAAAACAUCACACAAAACAAAAGCAUUGAAAGAACUGAACAAAUAAACUUUAUAAAAAAAACAAUGUGCGGAAAAUAUACCUUACGAGAUGAAAAUGCAAUGCAAA